GGCCGCGGUCGGGAUCGCGGCGCCGACCAGCGGGAUACUGCUAACCCCGGCGCACCGCACUGGCCUCGGCCGCCUGCGCUCCCGUCCCCUUUGCGUGCCGGGUGUGCGGGGCAGUGGGGCGCGAACUGAACUUUGGAAAGCGGGACCCUAGCUGCCUCGGAAGUGGAGCGGCGCGCGGAGAUUUUGAGUAGGGAGCGACCGUGCCCGAGGGCGGCGGGAGCACAGUUAUUGACAGUAAAGGAACUGAAGCCUUUUGGAGAAAAUUGCCAUUUUGGGACGUCUUCUCCCCGCCACGGCCAGGACCAGAUUGCCGGUCCACGUCCCGAGGGCGUUCCAAGUCCGGGAGGGGCGUGCGUCCGGGAUGCCCGGCGUCACCCCCAGCCAGUAAGCCGCCCCGCUACGCCGGGCCCCGCAGGCUGCCAGGAGGGCGCGCGGCGAGCGCACGUGCGCGGGGCAGCGGGGUGACAGUGACCGCAGCCCUGACCCCGACACGCCUCACCUGGAACUGAUACCUCUAGAGACCUCCUCUGGGGGCGUCCUCCCAGGGGACCUCCCCUCCUCGGCCCUCCAACCCCGGCAGCUGCGGCGCCCCGACGACCAUGCGAGAUAAAGACUGACUGGGGCCAGCAGGAAGGGAAGCGAACCCGCCGACAGGGCUGGCCGCGCGCUGCAGCCUCGCGCCGCCGCUCCACGACUCACCGGCCAGCCGGGCCAGGCGGGGGAUGCCGGGGCUGGGGCGGAGGGCGCAGUGGCUGUGCUGGUGGUGGGGGCUGCUGUGCAGCUGCUGUGGGCCCCCACCGCUGCCACCCCUCCUGCCCGCCGCCGCCGCCGCCGCCGGGGGCGCGCUGCUGGGGCACGGCGGCGGCGGGAGCCCGGGCCGCCCGGAGCAACCACCCCCGGCGCCGACCUCCUCCUCCACCUCCUCUUCCACCUCCUCCUCUUCCUCCUCCUCCUCCUCCUCUGGCUUCCUCUACCGGCGGCUCAAGACGCAUGAGAAGCGCGAAAUGCAGAAGGAGAUCCUGUCGGUGCUGGGGCUCCCGCACCGGCCCCGGCCCUUGCAUGGCCUCCAGCCGCCGCAGUCUCCGGCGCUCCCGCAGCAGCAGCUGGAGCAGCCUCGCGGAGAGCCCCCUCCUGGGCGGCUCAAGUCCGCGCCCCUCUUCAUGCUGGAUCUGUACAACGCCCUGGCCGCUGCUGACGACAACGAAGUGGCGUCGGAAGACGCGAUGCCACAGCCUCGGCCCCACGGAGGGGACAGCUCAUCCCUGCCCCAGCUGUUGUCCCUGCGGGACGCUCACCGCGCGGCCCCCGCUUCCCAGCACACGCUGCACCGCAAGAGCCUCCUAGCCCCGGAACCCGGCGGCGGUGCGUCCUCCCUGCCCAGCGCCCAGGACAGCGCCUUCCUCAAUGACGCUGACAUGGUCAUGAGCUUUGUGAACCUGGUGGAGCACGACAAGGAGUUCUCCCCUCACCAGCGACACCACAAGGAGUUCAAGUUCAACUUGUCCCAGAUUCCUGAGGGCGAGGCGGUGACGGCUGCAGAGUUCCGAAUCUACAAGGACUGCGUUGUGGGGAGCUUUAAAAACCAAACGUUUCUCAUCAGCAUUUAUCAAGUCAUACAGGAGCACAAGCACAGAGACUCAGACUUGUUUCUGCUGGACACCCGCAUGGUGUGGGCCUCAGAGGAAGGCUGGCUAGAGUUCGACAUCACAGCCACUAGCAAUCUGUGGGUUGUGACCCCCCAGCACAACUUGGGGCUCCAGCUGAGCGUGGUAACAAGGGAUGGGCUCAGCAUCAACCCACGAGCCGCAGGCCUGGUGGGCAGAGAUGGCCCGUACGACAAGCAGCCGUUCAUGGUGGCCUUCUUCAAAGUGAGCGAGGUGCACGUCCGGGCGGCCAGGUCAGUCCCCAGCCGGCGCCGGCAGCAGAGCCGCAACCGCUCCCCUCCAGCCCAGGAAGUGUCCCGGGUCUCCAGCGCUUCAGAUUACAACAACAGUGAACUAAAAGCAGCCUGCAAAAAGCACGAGCUUUAUGUGAGCUUCCAAGACCUGGGGUGGCAGGACUGGAUAAUUGCACCCAAGGGCUACGCUGCCAAUUACUGUGAUGGAGAAUGCACCUUCCCCCUGAACGCACACAUGAACGCCACAAAUCACGCGAUCGUGCAGACGCUGGUUCACCUUAUGAAUCCUGAAUAUGUCCCCAAACCAUGCUGUGCGCCAACUAAACUGAACGCCAUCUCGGUCCUUUACUUUGACGACAACUCCAACGUCAUCUUGAAAAAGUACAGGAACAUGGUUGUAAGAGCUUGCGGAUGCCACUGACUUGACGCUCGUUGCUGGGGACACGCCAUCCCGCCUUGGAUGGCUAUUUCACACCUGCCUUAUGGAAGUCCGGUGAAAAUGGAAGGGUAAGACGGUGAAGCCAUCGCAUCACACCUGGUGCCUUACUGCGCAAGGAAGCUCAGAAAGGAGUUUGUUAAUAACAUGUUCACUUGGUAAAUAACGUGAGUGGUGACUGUCUUGUAGGAAGUUCUGUCUGAAUGUCUGUAGUAUGAAGUCUGUUAACUGCAGAAAGAUAAAUUGGGCUUUCCCAAGAAAAGCCCACCAAAAUUAGUUUUAGCUUUAGACCAAGCUAUUAGGGUGGAUGGGAAAGUAAUCUUGAAGGAAUAAAAGUAUCCUUGGCUUAAGUGCCAGUUCAAUUGUCUAUCAAACACAGAUUUUACAGAUAAUGGAAAUUGGGGGAAAAUUCAUCUCUUCAUAGCUUUCAUUCUCAGGAAAGCCAGUUUCAGAUAGGAUCAACAGACCACGCUGUAACUGGGACCAUUUGGAAGUGCCUUUGGUCUGAGUCGUUGGCUGUUGUGUGUUUGUGCUGGAGUUUUGUUGGUAUGAGAAUAUGCAUGUUGCUCGUCAAAGCCAACCAUAUCAUUUCCACACCUUGGCCCUCCCAUUUGCUCUGUCCACUGCUGAAUUUGAAGUACCAAAAGUAGACCAACCAUACUUUGAGAUGAGGCCGUAAGGGAUGAGAAGCAUUUCUAACAGCCAUCAUUUUAACCAUAUAACAUGUGAAAGCAACUCUGCACCCCUUCUUUUUUUUAUUGAAUGGCUCUCUACAAAGCACACUAACUUCUGGAUGCUGGCUCUAAUAUCCCAUCUAUUUCAGUGAAAUAGUUCUUUGCCUUUUACUAUAUGGCAAACCAUAUCCCAGGGUUAGAACCAACAAAGGAAAUAAAAUGAGGAAGGGGCGCCUAUUGGUAAGAAUGGAUUUGGGUGAGUGUGCCGUUUGUGAACCAAGAUCACACUUAUCUCUUGUAGAAAGACAGAUGAAAUAUUAGAGUAUUUUUAAAAGGUCUUUUUCAGUCAUUUACUAGGAAACCAAUUUCAUACUAAACUUAAUAAUACAUUUAUAAUCUAUAACUGUUUGCACUUACAGCUUUCUUGUAAAUAUAAACUAUAAUUUAUUGUCUAUUUUAUACCUGUUGUGCUGGAACAUUUAAGGAAAGACUAGACUUUUUUUUUUUAAAAAAGAGUUUAUUUAGAAAGUAUCAUAGUGUAAACAAAUUGUACCACUUUGAUUUUCUUUUAAACAAGACUCAUGAUGCAAAGCUGAAGCCACUCGUGAAGAUUGUGCUUUUUCCAGAAAGUUGGGUUUUUAACAUCUGUGAACCAUAUAUGAUUAAUAAAGAUUUCUUUUACUUAGAGGCCAA